CGCCCGUGGUGGACGGCGCCAUCGCGCUCCCGGCACCAUGCCCGCCCUCAGGCCUCUCGUGAAGCCUAAAAUCGUCAAGAAGAGGACCAAGAAGUUCAUCCGGCACCAGUCUGAUCGCUAUGUCAAGAUCAAGCGGAACUGGCGCAAGCCAAGGGGCAUCGACAACCGCGUGCGCCGGCGCUUCAAGGGGCAGAUCCUGAUGCCCAACAUUGGCUACGGCAGCAACAAGAAGACAAAGCACAUGCUGCCCACGGGCUUCAGGAAGUUCCUGGUCCACAACGUCAAGGAGCUGGAGGUGCUGAUGAUGAGCAACAAGUCCUUCUGUGCAGAGAUCGCUCACAACGUGUCCUCCAAGAACCGCAAGGUGAUCGUGGAGCGUGCAGCCCAGCUGGCCAUCAAGAUCACCAAUCCCAACGCGCGGCUGCGCAGCGAGGAGAAUGAGUGAGCCCUGCAGCCACCCUUAAAUAAAGGGUAUCACCA